AAAAACGCGCAAAAUUACCGAAUGAUAGAAUUGUACCAAAAUAGUAGAUGAUUUUUCUCGUCAAUAUUCUGAAAUAUAACAAUAUCACCUGUAACUUCUUUAUUUUAGAAUGUUUGUGACAGUGCGUGCCGUUCCGACCCUGCCCCCAAUUUAUCGUGAUUGAAACGAAAGCAAACACAAUUUACCAGCCACAAAUACACAUAUAUGUUCUUCCUAUAUACCUAUUGAUUUUACUGUUCAUCGCUUAGCAACAAGAAAAAUUUUGUGGACAACUAAUCAGACCAUCAUUACUUAAAAACCAUCGGAGAAUGUACCACGAAGAAGAAUGAAGACGUUGUUUGUUAUAUUCAUAUAUUUUUUGCAACAAUGUCUCACACAAUCUUUACAAAAUAUCCGCGUUCUGUAUGUCAACGAAGAAGGUAAUGAAGUAGCAGAGGCGUCAGUUGAUGUGGCAUUAACUUAUAUAAAGAAAAAUAAUAAGCUUGGAAUAAACGCAGAAGUGACGAAGGUUUCUGGUAAUAGAACUGAUUCUACUGGGCUACUGGAAUCAUUGUGCAAAGUUUACAAUGGCAUGCUGGAAAAGAACGAACCACCACACUUGGUUCUGGACACUACAAUGACCGACCUCGCAUCGGAAACAGUCAAAUCCUUUACUCAAGCCCUAGCCUUACCUACAAUAAGCUCAUCAUUUGGCCAAGAAGGGGAUCUUCGCCAAUGGCGUAAUAUAGAUGACGACGAGAAAAAGUAUCUAGUGCAAAUAUGUCCUCCAGCGGAUCUUAUUCCCGAAAUCAUAAGAAAAAUUGUUUUGCAGCAAAACAUAACCAAUGCUGCAAUACUGUUUGAUCAUACAUUCGUUAUGGAUCAUAAGUAUAAAUCGUUGCUGCAGAAUGUAGCAACAAGACAUUUGAUUUCGGAAAUUGAUACAGCUAAAAUUGAGGCACAACUUCAAAGACUACGGUCCUUAGAUUUGGUUAAUUUCUUCAUUCUUGGUACAAUCGAUAGCAUAAAACUUGUACUCGAUGCUGCACAGAAAAACUCAUAUCUCAACAGAAAAUUCGCUUGGCAUGCUAUUACUCAAGAUCUAGGAGAACUGAAAUGUAAUAUCAAGAAUGGCACCAUUCUCUUCGUGAAACCACUAGUCAAUGCCAACUAUCAAAACCGUUUGGGUCAGAUCAAAACAUCUUAUCAGCUAACAGCCAAACCUGAAAUUGCUGCAGCCUUUUAUUUUGACUUUACCCUUCAUGCGCUUCUAACUGUUAGGAACAUGAUUUCUGAUGGCAGUUGGCAGAAAACAAAUGCUACCAAUUUCAUUACUUGUGACGAUUAUGAUGGUAAAAAUGCUCCGAAAAGGAUUGGACUUGAUCUAGAAAACGCAUUGAAAAAGGAACUCCAAGAAAAUCAAGAACCACCAACAUACGGACCAUUCGAAAUUAUUUCUAACGGUAUUAGUCAGAUGGAGUUUGAUAUGACAAUGUCUUUGGUUGAUGUUCGAGAUGGUGAACCUGAUAAAACAACACCUCUAGGUACUUGGACAGCAGGAUUGAAUUCUAACCUUUCAUUUUUAGAAAAUGGGAUAAUGGACAAAUUCACUUCAGCCUUAGUGUAUCGUGUUGUUGUAGCAGAGCAAAUACCAUUCGUGUUCAGAGACGAAAACUCGAAAAAAGGCUACAGUGGUUACUGUAUCGAUCUCAUGGACAAAAUAGGGGAAGUUUUACGGUUCGAGUAUGAAAUUCAAUUAGCAACUGGAAACGUUUUUGGUAAUAUGGACGAACAAGGAAAAUGGAAUGGACUGAUAAAAGACCUCAUGGACAAGAAGGCAGAUAUCGGCUUGGGUUCUAUUUCUGUGAUGGCAGAAAGAGAGAACGUAAUCGAUUUCACUGUACCUUAUUAUGAUUUGGUUGGCAUCACAAUUUUAAUGAAAGUACCAAGAGUACCCACAUCUUUAUUCAAAUUUCUGACAGUUUUGGAGAAUGAGGUUUGGAUGUGUAUCCUUGCAGCUUACUUCUUUACCAGCUUCCUAAUGUGGAUCUUCGACAGAUGGAGCCCCUAUAGUUACCAGAAUAACAGAGAGAAAUAUAAAGACGACGAGGAAAAAAGAGAAUUCAAUCUGAAGGAAUGCUUGUGGUUCUGCAUGACAUCUUUGACUCCUCAAGGUGGGGGAGAAGCACCUAAGAAUUUAUCAGGACGUUUGGUAGCAGCCACAUGGUGGUUGUUCGGUUUCAUCAUUAUUGCUUCUUACACUGCGAAUCUCGCGGCUUUUUUGACAGUGUCUAGAUUAGAAACUCCGAUAGAGUCAUUAGAUGAUCUGUCCAAACAAUACAAGAUCCAGUAUGCACCUCUCAAUGGAUCAUCUUCUUCCACUUACUUUGAGAGGAUGGCAAAUAUAGAAGCAAGGUUUUAUGAGAUAUGGAAGGAUAUGAGUCUCAAUGACAGUCUCAGCGAUAUCGAGAGAGCCAAGUUAGCAGUGUGGGAUUAUCCGGUUAGCGAUAAAUACACCAAAAUGUGGCAAGCUAUGAAGGAAGCAGGUUUUCCUAGUUCACUUACAGAGGCGGCUGAACGUGUUAAAGCUUCUGCCUCAUCUACCGAAGGAUUCGCUUAUCUCGGAGAUGCAACCGACAUAAAAUAUUUAGAAAUGACCAACUGCGAUUUGAAGCCAGUGGGUGAAGAGUUUUCCAGAAAGCCUUAUGCGCUUGCUGUGCAGCAGGGAUCACCGUUGAAGGAUCAACUCAAUACAGCGAUUUUGCAACUGCUGAAUCGUAGAGAAUUGGAAAGACUAAAAGAGAAAUGGUGGACGAAAAACCCAAACAAGGCUAAAUGUGAACAACAAGAGAACCAAUCUGACGGAAUAAGUAUUCAGAAUAUUGGUGGUGUCUUCAUAGUGAUUUUUGUAGGAAUAGGCUUAGCUUGUAUAACAUUGGCGUUUGAAUAUUGGUGGUAUAAAUAUCGAAAGGUAUCCAAAGUUGUCACAGUACAAGAAGCUGCUGUCCACCCUGUACCGAAAAAUGCAUUCGGAGUAGAAGGUUUUGGUAAACAAAAUAGGAAAGAUAAUUUUGGUAGAGGAGAAGCAUUUGGCAAAAAACCAAAAGAGAAAUUCGAUACCAAAGUUAAACCUUCACAAUUGUUUAAAGGAUCUCGAUUUUGA